AUGGAAGACUCGCUCCCCACAAUCAUUUUGGCCUCCUUGUUGGGCCUCUUCUUCGUCUACAAAAACUAUUUGGCCAUCACUCGCGACGUGCCCCCAGAGUACCUCUCUCAGCAGAGCGUGGUGGACUCCAUCAGAAAUCCUGGAGAGCUGGCCAUCUACAAAUCGACAAAACUCGACUACUCCUCGGGGCUCCGGGUGGGCUUGGCCAUCAGAUUUAACCACUACAAGAUUCGGAACGGCAAUUUGAACGAUAUGUGGGAAAUUUUGAUGUAUGCGCUCGAGACUAACCCUUGCAAGAGCGUACGGUUCGAUGGAUCUGCAAUUGAGCUCGCAAAGGUGAACGCGUGGGCACAAAACGUGGCUAAUUUUUUACGUGAGCAGCAAAUCAAGGCGUUGGCGUUGCCGCUGCUGUGCUUCAUUUCGUCGCCUCAGGUGUUCAUUUUGGUGGUUGCCUGCUUCCUUGCGCAGACCACGGUGCAUGUGUUCGACGAGAAGACCGAUCAUGGCGAAGUGUGGGUUGCCGAGGUCACAAAUGGGAACGUGCUUCUCAAAACCGAAUCCACUAGCGUUUCUCUCGGCUCCUUUGAGGCAGAGCCUUCCGCUUCCUUCAAGUAUACAUACACCCCAGAUAAGGAUCGGGGUAUUGCCUUGGUGGUCACUACAAGGCUCGGGCCCAACAUCACCUCCACAAGUAGAUUCACUCAGAUCAAUCUUGUGGCUGCUACCGCCAGCUGCCUCAAGCACCUUCCUCCAGAACAUGCAUUGUCUGAGAAAGAUCGCAUGUUGGUAAUUCAAGAUGAGCGCUCCACGGAGGCCAUCACCAACACCAUCACAAAGGUGUUAGCUUCUUUCGUCUCCCAAGCUGACCUUUACCUCUCAAACAGUAUCGCUCAAGGCCUUGAGUGGAGUCCCACCAUAAUUUCCGCAUCACAAAAGCUGGCUAUGUCUCUAUACAAAGAGCCCCAGGGCUUGGGCAAAAUCAUAUAUUGGCACAGGCAAUUUGCAUUGACCCAGCUCAAGUUUUCGAAAGGCACUUUCUUCAAGCCCUACCACAGUCUUAGGCUUCUAUUUGCCUAUAAAUCAAUAAAUGACGGUCCGCUCGAGAGCUGGAAUAAAGUGAGAGCCGCCUUGUCCACCCAUGUUGUCGAGGAAUUGGGCUACAUCAACAUUGCUGGUCCUUUCCUUGUCACGGAUAUCCACGACUACCGCAAAAUUCAAUCGCCGAUGGCGCUGCUGCUGCUUGUUUUUAGAGGCUCUAUUGCUCAAGCCGAUGAAGCUAAAUUAGACGACUACGACGGCUUGAGGCCCGGUAACAUCUGCGUUCGUGGCCACAAUAUCGGCAAAACGUAUACAACCAUGAAAAGUGCUGGAGAUAAGCAUAUCACACCUGAUUCUGAGGGGUUUCACAGAAUCUCCAAGGUGAAGGGUAACUGGGGUCUGGACGGAUGUCUCUAUGUUUAUAGUUGA